AUGACGAGUAAGGGUAUUGCUCCCAACGUCAUUCCCUAUACCUCUUUGGUUCAUGGAUUUUGCAAAGUAGAGAAUUGGAAAGAAGCUAAAAGAUUGUUUAAUGAAAUGGUGAGUAAACAAAUCUUUCCAAACAUGUGCACCUUCAGUGUUUUGGUUGAUACAUAUUGUAAAGAGGGUAUGGUCCAGGAAGCAAGGAGCCUGGUUGAAAUGAUGAUUCAAAGAGAUAUCAAACCUAAUACAGUUACAUACAAUUUGCUUAUGGAUGGUUACUGUUUGCGAGGAGAAAUGGGCGAGGCGAAAAAGGUUUUUGAAGUAAUGCUUAGCAAAGGCUGCAUGGUUGAUACUUGUUGUUAUAACAUAAUGAUAAACGGCUACUGUAAAAGUAAAAGGAUAGACGAUGCCCGAAUGCUUUUUGUGGAAAUGUCUCAUAAGGGAGUUGUUCCAGAUACGGUUACUUAUAACACUCUUAUGGAUGGGUUUUGCAAGAUGGGGAGAACACAAGACGCACAGAACUUGUUCUCUCAAAUGCAAGCUUGUGGCCAACUUCCAGACAUUCAAACUUAUUCUAUUUUAUUGCAUGGCAUGUGUGCAAACCAACAAUUUCCCAAGGCAAUUGAAUUGUUGGAAGAGAUGGAGGGAAAGAAGUCGGAUUUUAAUAUUGUAACUUACAAUAUUCUUAUUGAUGGUUUGUGCAUAGCUGAAAAAGUUGAAUAUGCGUGGGAUUUCUUUUGUCGCUUAUCAUCAAAAGGAAUUCAACCUAAUGCCAGGAUGUAUAAUACAAUGAUUAGUGGAUUUUGUAAUAGAGGGCUAAUAUGUGAAGCGGAAAACUUGCUUAGAGAAAUGGAAGAGAAAGGCUGUUCUCAAGAUGGUUGGACGUACAACACAAUUAUCUGA